UAUUGAGUAUUAUAAUUUGUCUACAUGAGCAUGAAUCAUCUUGUUCGACGAUCACAAUUGGGUUGCUUGUUGAGGAUUCUUCCUUGUAGAUUUUCCAUUUUCCGCUUCCCCAAAACAGUACCGCUCCUAAAGAAUGAGGAAGAUUUGCUCCGAGAGCAGGAGAAGGCAAAAAGAAAGAAAUUAUUACAGAAACAUAUUCAGAAACGAAAAAAACGUUUGGAACUCGAAAGCAUUCAUCAGAGCGAGGUGGACGGUGAAAAGAUGAAAUUCAAAGGAGUACCGACUCACAAGGUAUUGGCUUCUUACAUAUUAGUAUGGGACGCAAAGGGACUGGAAAAGUAUUUGAACAAGUUAGAGGAGAAUAGACCAAAGGGGUUUGCUUUAGACAUGCUGCGUAAGUCAGAGCCAUUACUGGUUACUUCUGAGUAUUACGACAUCCUCGGACCAAGAUUGUUUAGUUUUCUCAGGCUAAUAUAUGCGCGUUUAGGAGAAAAGGAAGACCUUCGCCGUUUGUGGAACUUAGACGAUAUCGAAGGGGCUCACGAGAUUCUUGAAGAGUGGGAAGUCGGAGAGCAUCAUUGUUCCAAAGUCAAGAUAAAAGAUAUUCUCCAGUUAGAUCACUACAGAAAACUCGUGAUAGAAGACACCGUGUCAAAGGUGAAUGACGUGUUCGAAGAUCAUAAGGAAGAGGAGGAGGAGGAGAAGAAGAAGACGGCAAUGGAGGUGAGGCGAAACGGAUGGGAUCCAAAGAAAAAUCUUGCUUUGACUGCGUGCGCAUGUUUUCACUAUGUGGAUGGUCAGAGAGACAUUGAGAGUACAGUUGAUGUUUUGAGAUUCGUUGGGGACGCCUGAGCCGCAAUAUUGUUGGAAUAU